AUGGGCGACUUACGCAGAUUAUUAUUACGCCAGAAUAUUCUAUAUUCCUGUAUUGCUACAGAAAUACAGUAUAAGCACGACAGGUAUACUGGAGUACGGUACAGAAACCAAAGUAUCGCAAAAAAGGUCUCACUGAUGACACGCACAUCGUUCGGACGUUCCGAUCAAUUACUGAUCUCGUCCUCUGUGAUUUUUCAGUGCCCCAGAUUGGUUUGAUGAUGAAUGGAUGUCAAAAGUCAAGAGAGAUGCGGGAGAUAACUGGAGAUUGAAGGUGAAAUUCCAUUAUGCUCUUACAGUGGCCUAAUGUAUGGGAGAGGGGGGGGGGGGUAAGUCCUUGUACCCGGCAUGUGAUCAAUACGAGACACCUGUAUUCGCAGUACAGACGAUAUCAGACUUGUUGGAGCAACUUGUUGCGAGUCUAUUGACCUCAUCAACCUUGUUACGUUGAUAACAACUUUUCCCAAAUUUGUCAACAACUGGAAACAAGCAGUGCAAACACUGUAUUGUUGACAAGAUGUGAGAUUUUUACUGUAGAUUAUUUUACAAACAGAUGCAUGGUGUGGUUCUUGUGUGAACUUCCUCAAAAAGAUUAAAAACAGUUUUAAUAAUGUUCAGAUAGUUCAGGCACUAUAUAUAAUAAUGGCAUGCAGUCUUCAACUUUGAGAUAUUUCUCAAACAGAUUGCCAGCAAGUUGUUUUCCUUUUAUUGAAAAACUGAUUGUUUUUGUUGAUACAGUGUAGCAAUCUUAAGAAAUUGUUGAAAGGGAUUAUGGAUUAUUACACUGAGGUAAAUAAAGAGUUCUCCGUAACAAUACUGGUCCAAUAAACAAGAGAUACGGUCAACGUUUCUGGACAGGGUACGCAAGCGAAUGCGUGUUCUUAGACCACCAAUAAAUUUAUUUGUUUUGCCUCAAAACAAAUAUAGCUAUUUCGCCAUGCAAACGCACAAGGAACUUAUAAUAACCUUCUUGAACUCGCACCAAAGUGAGAAUUAUUUGGGGAAAGCAUUCGUAAGCACGAAACAGACGUCUAAAAUAAUUCAGUCAACUAUUCAACUUCUAUUUUCUCAUUAAGCUUUACUUCAACUUCAGGUUCUUAACAUGGACAUUGUUGGAUUUACUUUGCCCGACGUUUCUUGUAUUGGUAAGUUCAUUCAGUCCCUGUGUAUACGCGUGUUACGUAUAUUAUUUACCAAAUAAUAUAUCGUUUUGCCAAAUUACAGCUGAAAAGCACGACAAAACAGAAUUAGGAAGAUUAUUGCAACUUAUACUGGGAUGUGCUGUCAACUGUGAUGAAAAACAAGGUAACCCUAAGGCAAAUCAAAUUUACAUCAAGGCCGGAUUUUGGUGGAAAUAGUGGGGGAGGUGGAAAAAAAAUUAGGGGAGGUGCAGCGAUCUAGUUCACGACCCCAAUGGAAAUUUAGGGCUCAGAACGGGCCAAAGUCAACGACGUGACGUAUGCAUGUAGUGUACAUAUGUAUCAGUGUAUUAAAUGAAUUAUGACUGUACAACUUAUCCAAUUUGCCCUUCAUUACAAUUACUACAAAAUGCGUCACCUAGCAUGGCUAUAUAGGGCUUCCUUUUCGUGAAUGCGACGUUGGGCUUUAACUAAUAGGGACCUUUAGCUAGCAGGACGGCGACGGCUAUUAAUACAAUGAAAUUUAUGACAGUGUAAAAAGAAAAUGCAUAAUUAGAGAUCCCUUGGGAGUUUUAGACGUCGUCCUUGCUCUGUUUACAACAGCAAACCAAAGAUUUUCACGCUUUGUGCACAAUGUCUGCCUUUCAAGCCGCGAGAAGUCGUCCUCGCCAAAUUGGCUUAGUAGAAAUCUUCUCAACUAAAAACCUCUGUCUUAACCUUCUUAAAUUGCAAUAAUUCAUACAACGGAUAAUACAAGACAUGUUGAUCUUAAAGUUACUUAUUUGAACGAGUUUGUUUUGGCCGUCGUCGUCUAAAGGUCCCUAAUGUCACAUGCACGAAAACGAGGUUCUAUAGCCAAAGCAACGUACCUUCUGGAAGGGUGUAUUGGGUAGAAAGAUUAAAUUAAGAUAUCAAGCCAUGUAUUAACUGAUCACUGAAUAUUUUCCAUUAGAAUAUAUACAAAACAUCAUGCAAAUGGAGGAAUCGGUUCAACACGUUGUGAUGAAUGCAAUACAAGAGGUAUAACGUCUUCUCGUCACGUGUUUUAAAUAUAAAGAAAAUUGAUAUUAACAUUUGCUGUUUGUGUAGUUGAUGGCAUGUAAAGAUGUUUCAAGUCCUGUUGAUAAUGAUACAUUUAAAGAUCUCGAAGUACAGGUUUGUACUAUUCCAUGCACUGAAUGAUGUCGCAUAGUUAGCGCGACUGUAUAGCGGUCGCGAACGCAAUAACAAGCCAUUCCAUUUAAUAUAUGCAUGUAAUAAUGGAUGGAGUAGGGGAAGGAGGAGGUUUUCAUCUCAAAUUUUCCUGGGAGGUAGCUUAUGAGAUUUUCAAGAAAAGUGACGUCACAACAAUGUGGUGUUUUAGUGAUAUCCAAGAGGGAAAAUAAUAUUGUAAAGGGGUUAGUAAGAUAUCUUAUCAUUCGUAUGAGGUAACGUCUAAAAGUUGCAUCAAAGGGGAUUCCAAAUUUUUUAUAUCCCAAACUAGAUUAUGAAGGAACCCCUCAAUAACGGAGGGGCGUGUGUGCUUAUAUUAAAUGAAAUGACCCAAUACACUGUACUGUAUGUCAGAAAUGGUGAUCUUAUAUUCAAUAAUUCAUGGUGAAAAUUAGCUAAGCAUGUUUUAAUAUUUGUUUUGGUGAAAUGAUGAUACCUUAAGCUUGAUUAAGUAUAUUCUGAUCCAGUCCAGAAAGUUUUAUUUAAAGCCAAUUCUAACUAACCGCGCAACCGUUAAGUCCGAUCAGGGUCAGAAGAACACGGCAAGAUAACACGAACACGGCUUCAUUAUUUAGGUAAAACUGUGUAGGUAUAUAAAAUAGUGUGUUAAAGUAGGUUUAUAAAAUAGUGUACUACAUUCAUGUCGAAAGUUCGUAAAAUCUAGUUUGUUGAAGUUGGUAAAAGUGAUCCGUGAUAUUUUUUAUGUUUUGAUGCCCAUAUAUGGGUAGUUCCCCAAUAGUUGCUAUGUCAGUGCGAAAUACGAACGUGCAUGCUCUCGCCUUGUAUUUGGUUGUAAAGCAUGGAACAGCCACAGUCUACAUAUUGUUGGCGUGCAUAACUGAAACGGUGUUUUCAGCUACCUAUUCUGGGUAAUAGGCGAUUCCAGCUUUUAGUUUAUGCCUGCAGGGGAUGAUGGGAAGUAAGGUAUCAUAUUGCCGAUUAUGCUGAAAAAUUUCAAUAAAAACUACCAAGACAACCGAAAUAUUUCAAUAUUUACAAGUAUAAGCUAUCACUCCGUGUUUACACGGCCACCAUUUUUAUUUUUUCAGCAUAAUCAGCAAUGUGAUACCUUACUUCCCAUCGUCCCCUGCACACAUAAACUAAAAGCUGGAAUUGCCUAUUGACAUGGGCACACUCUGGAAAUUUGGAAACAUUGCCCAUAUUUAAAAUUCUAGCUAAGACCUUCCUGGCUUCGAUCCACUGGAUCCAGGCUUUAUUUUCCAAUUCAAUGUGAAAUGCUGCAUAGAAAUUGUUAGAAGCAAUUAUAAUAUUUGAUUAUGUUCUCCUUAGCAUAAAUCAACUCUUGACCAACUGAGUUCAGUUUUGUCUCAAAAAGAAGAAAUCUCGCAAAGAUGUCAUGAACUUGAUGAGCAGGUUUGAACAUAUAUACUUAAUUAUUAAUUACAGUAGUAAUUAUAUCUGUUUCUUAUCCGAGGACUUAAUCAGAGUAAAGAUUAUAUAAUCUCAUGCAGACGCAAAAGAGUAACGCAUGAUAGACGAGCAUGGUUUAUAUUUGUUUUAUUUUUUUUGGAAUGUAGUUGUCAUUGUUGAGAGAGCAUCAUUCAACACUUGAAACAGAAAACCAAAUCCUAAGAAGACAGUUAAAUAACAAAAGUGAUGAUAGCAGCCAAUCUGGGUUUGUACAGCAGAGAAUUAGAAAUCAUUUUUGUUCAAUACCAUGCAUGCAUAGAAAUAUUCAACAAUUAUUGAAUGAGGUUGAGCAUGAGAUAAAGAAUUAUCAAACCGAAUUAUCAAAUUGAAAACACAAACACUUGGGUCAGAUUAACUAUGGCGGACGUAUUGUGUUCGUUGCUUCGUAUAUUUUGCCUUGAUGGUGUGUGGAAAGUGUUGGAAAGCUGAGAAAUGUUUUGGAGUCAAAGUGGGUUUUUUAAAAAAAAUGAAAAAUCCGUCAAAUAUAAAUUUAUUGCUGAGUGCAUUAAAAACAAAUAUUCGUCAUAUGGUUAUGGUCGAGUUAACAGACGGUUUUGUAAGAGAAGAAUAAAAUAUUACAGCAAUCACGAUGCUUAUUUUCAACUUGAGCUACUGUCUUGUGGAGAUAUAUACAUCCGAAUCCUGGACCAAAUGAUUGUUAUAACAACGACGAAGGUAGAAAGAGUAGAAAUCGAGUCCCGAUAUCUAAGAUGUGCAGUGUUUUAUUCAAAUGCGAGGAGUAUUGUAAAUAAAGUGACAAAGAUAUUAUUAGUACUUAUAAUGAAAGCCAUUUAAAUUAUUCAAUAUUGAACGUAGAGAUCUUUGGCACUGAGUAUAGAGUUCAUCAUCUGGGAAGAUCAUCUGGGAAGGGCGGCAAAACUAGGCGGAAGUGUGUUGAUUGCUGUUGGAAAUACUAUUGUUGCUUCGAUAAGAGAAUAUUUGAAUUGCAAAUCAGAGUUGCUCUGUUUUGAUGUAGUAAAUAAUGAUAGUAGAAAGCUGACGAUCAAGAGUAUUCUAGAGACCAUCAAACAGCGACCUUGAACCUCUAUAAGAGUUGCAAACAUUAGGAAUAUCAUGUCUUCAGAUUUGAUAAUAGUUGGGGUGACUUUAAUCUAAGCGACUUCGAUUGGGCCAGUAAUCAAUAUAUAGGGAUAACAUGAAUAUAGGGAUAACCGCAAGGUCCACCAUUUCAAAUACAACUGUAAUUUGCUAGGAUUAUUUGAAUAAAGUAUUAUCACAAACUGAGGCCUUGAUAAUUCUUCAUAUCAUACGAAAACCAAAUUCAAUAAUUGUUUUAUUAUAUAUUUAAAAGAUGAAACCGCGUGGCCGGUUUGUAGGAAGUCAUUUCUGUUGUGACACAAUUUCUCAUACCUUCGACAGUCGUCAGUGGCAUGACGUCAUAGUGUUGAAUAUUCUUUUUUCAUGUGUCAAAGUAUCGACGUCACUCUGUUGAAUAUUAUAUAACUUCAAUCAGCUAUUGAGUUGAUGUGACGAUUUCACAGUUGGCUGUUAGCCAGUCAGAAACCAUGAAUAAAAAAUAAACAUUAAAAAUAAUUAUUAAUAUUUUUUGAUUAAAUAAUAAACAUUAUUACUGACUCAUUAAUGCAGUAGCACUGCAAUGAAGGACGAAAUAAAGUUCAGUGCAUUGCAUUAUAGAACCAUACAUUACAUUUACAGCACAGUACAGUAAAUUGCAAUAUAAUGCAAUAUAUACAAUGAAAUAUUGUGCAGUACAAUAUUAUAAAGUACGGUAUUGAACAAUACAGUGUAAUGUUGCACAAUAAAGCAUAUUACGUAAUUAUACAACAUUGAUAAGAUCUCUACAGUGUAAAGACAUUCGAGUAAUCGUAUACAACCAUCCUUGACCGACAUUACUACGUUAUUUUUUCUUGUUGCAGAGAUCCGAACGAACGUUUUAACCAGCUUCAACAACAACUUGAACAGCUUAAGGAACAGAACUUCUCACUUGAAUCAA